CCCGACUCCAUCCCUUCCCCCGGGGCAUGAGCCGGGCACCCCAUGCCCGCCCCCUCAGGGCAUGUUGUAACUCGUAGCAUGGUGCCGCACCCCCUUUGCGUACCCUGCAGUGUCACCCCAAAUCUCCAGCCACAGAUCUGUGCUCCCAGCCAGCCCCAGGUAUAUACGGUAGCAGCCCAAGCCCCCCACUCUCCCCAAUCCUCAUUUGUGCCUUGCAGCUUCAUUGUAUUCCGGGCUCAGUGUAACAUUGCCAUCAAAAGCUCCCCCCGCCCGCCCUUUUUCCCCUAUCUACCAGCAGCUUAGGCUCCUAGGUUAUUUUUGCUGGUAUUUCUGUCAACAAUCUGCCUUUAAGUUAAAGCAAUAUUACCAAUACAGUUUCAUAAAAGAAAAUGGACAAUUGUUUUCUCACUGAAACAGCUGCUGCACGUAUCCAAUAAUUUGGAGACCUUUAAGUGUCCAUCAUGGAUAGAUUUGUGAUACGAAAACCCAAAGCUCAAGAAAGCCCUAGGAAAAGAGAUCCAGGGGAAAAGGUUUACAAGCAAGCCACUAUAGAAUCUCUGAAGAGAGUGGUGGUUGUAGAAGACAUAAAAAGAUGGAAAUCUGUCCUGGAGCUUCCUGGCCAGUCUAAAGAGAAUUUGAUCGAAGCUUUGGAGGAAUUAAAGAAGAAAAUACCUUCUAAGGAUGUGUUACUUUCAACAAAAAUAGGUCACACGGUGAAUAAGAUGCGCAAACAUUCAGACCAUGACGUGGCCAAUCUCGCAAAAGACGUUUACACUGAGUGGCGAACUUUCAUCAAAGAUUAUUCAAACAAACCAUCGAUAGAAGUCAGGAGCGAUCCCAAAACAGAGACUCUCAGGAAGAAUGCACGGAAGCUACUUUGCGAUGCUCUGGAACUAGAGAUUGAUCACCCACUGGCUGAAAAUAUUGAGCGAGAAGCUUUUCAUCUCUCUUCCCGUCUCAUUAAUGCACCAUAUCGCAGGACAGUGCGAGCCCUAGUCUUCACGUUAAAGCACAAACCUGAAACCCGCGCACAAGUCAAAACCGGUGCACUCCCAGUCAGUGCGCUUGUACAAAACCAUAAGAAGUGACUCAGAGUGCCUGGUGCUGAACGUGGGAUUCACGUGUCUAUGCCACAUAUUGGGAUUGAGAAGCCCUUGUGUUUUAAGAGUGCAGGAGCACUGGUCAUGUUAAUCACUCUGCCAUUGUAAGGACAGGAUAUAUCAGGAAGGUGUCUGGGGCAAAUUCAGUGGAGA